AUGAUCGGAAGAGUUUGGAUCUUGUGGUUCUUUCGAUCUUCCUCAACCAAAGCCUUCUGUAUUCCUAAGAGGCUGUACUGCAACUCUUUUGAUGGGGAAAGAGUAACAAAGGCGGCUUUGAUUGAACAUGCCAAGAAAGAGCUCAACAACUGGCUCUCAGAAGGCGCUGCUGCUCGCACAGUCAUCGCUGUGGUGGGCGAAGGCGGACUUGGUAAAACGACUCUAGUGAGAAAUGUAUACAAGCAAGAACAACGAAAGCACUCUUUUGAUUGUUAUGGGUGGGUGGAUGUAUCUCGCUCACUCAAAGGAGUGCAGUUGUUCAAGGCUUUGCUGCGGAGCUUUGAUGAUAUGAAAGAAAGCAAUGUGGACAAGAACCUUCAUGCUUUGAUUGAAGAUACAAAAGAAUAUUUGAAAGAAAAGAAGUACUUAAUAGUACUUGAUGAUGUUUGGAAAACAGAGCUUUGGGGAGCUGUGGAAAUGGCAUUGCCGAAAAAUAAUGGAAUGAUAAUGAUUACAACAAGAGACACGGGUGUUGCUGAUUCUUGCAAAGUUUUAGCAAAAGUUCAUACCUACCAACUGGAGCCUCUGGAACCCGAAAAUGCCUUGAGACUCUUCCAUUCGAAGGCAUUUCAAUCUGGUUCCAAGAAUCCCUCUGAAGAGUUGAUGAAACUAUCUGAAGAGUUCACAAAAAAGUGUGAUGGUGUGCCACUUGCAAUUGUGGCUAUAGCUUCUCUUCUGUCAACCAAGAAAGAAAGACUCAAAGAAUGGAAGGCGGUGUACAACAGCCUUCAAUCAAAGCUUGCAAGCGACUCUCAUCUUAAAGGUUACCAUCAGGCACUGUCAGAAAGUUAUCAGGAUCUUAAUUACCACCUCAAGCCAUGUCUCUUGUACUUUGGCCUUUUUCCUGAGCAAUACGCAAUCAGGAGGGCAAGGCUCAUCAAUUUGUGGAUAGCUGAAGGGUUUGUGGAGUGCAGAGAGCACCAAACUCAACAAGAAGUUGGAGAAGAGUACUUAGCUGAGCUCAUUGCUAGGAGCUUGGUUAAGGUAGCUGAUGUGAAGAGUUACAGCAGAGUUAGAAAUUGUAGAGUUCAUGAUUUGAUGCAUGACUUCAUUGUCAAGAAAUGCGAAGAGUUCAACUUCUGCCAAGUGAAGAAAGGUAACCCGUUUUGUUUUGAUAAAUGGAGUAGACGUUUAUCAAUUGGCACAAAUGUUGACUUUGCUGAUCUGAGAACAAGUGCUGAUAGAAACCAAUGUAGCUUGUUGCGUUCUUUCCUUCUUUAUGAUAUUACAUAUAAGGAGGAAAUGAUAAGCACUUUUGUGAACUCACUUUUCUCUAAUUUCAAGCUCUUGGUGACACUGAAUUUUGAAAACAUAAGACUUGGUCAUCUUCCAGAAACAAUUGGAAACUUUGUCCACUUGAAAUACCUAAAUUUAAGACGUACCACCAUUGAGAGCAUCCCCAAAUCCAUCGGAAAGCUCCGAAACCUGGAGACUCUUGACCUAAAAUGGACCUAUGUGAGUGAUCUUCCGGUGGAGAUUUACUCGCUUACAAAGCUGCGUUAUCUUAAUGUGCUUACGAUACCGUGGAAAGGUGUGAAAUUAAAGAGAGGGGUUGCAAAUUUAACGGCCCUACAAAAAUUAGCCUGGGUUGAUGCAAGUGAUGUUGUUGGGGAACUGAAGAAUUUGAAGCAAUUGAGGAGUUUGAAGAUCCAAAAUGUUGUUAGAAAGGAUGGAAUGUGGUUGUGCAAUGCUAUAGAGAGCAUGACCAAUCUAUGCUCAUUGUUGAUAAAAGCCAAAGACAAUGAAAUCCUUGAAUUGGAGUCACUAACUAGUCCUCCUCCACACCUUGAGCGUCUUUACUUAUUUGGAAGUCAUUCAGGAAAAAAGGUGCCAGAUUGGGUUUUUAGACUCGAAAAUCUUAUGGGGUUGGAGUUGAUAGGGCUUAAAUUCACACAAGACGAUUUGUGUUUUGUAGGGCGCCACCUGCCAGAAUUGAUGAUACUUUAUGUCAGCUCAUUCGAGGGUGAUGAAUUAAACAUUCAAAAAGGGUGGUUCGAGAAACUACAAUCACUGUACCUAAGGGCUCCAACAUUGAAAGCUAUAAGAAUAGAUGAAGGAUCACUGCCUUGCCUCCAAUGGUUCGUCCUCCCAGUUUCGGAUCUGAAUCUAGAAGCAGUACAAGUGCCAGAUCAUGUUCGGAAUGUUGGGUAUAUAAGUAUGAGAAGAUGA